AUUUAAAACCAUGAUACAUAACCUCCACAACCACAAUGAAAAAUCGCAACAAACUGUGCAUACUCCGUAAACUUUGCUUUAUAAAAGAUGAAAAUGUGGUAGAAAAUUAUAUAACUUAUGCUGUUUAGUUCUUCAGUAUAUAGUAUUUAUUUGGUUUACAGAAUUGGAGCUUUUUAUACAACUUCUUUGGUCAUUAUCAUAGCUAAACAAGAAGAACUAUUUUUGGUAUGACUGAUCCAACCAAAAAUUGGUGUUCAGAAAACCCUACAGGAGCCAUAUCCAAGCGAUCGUUUCGCAUAGAUACUUCACGAAAAGAUGGAUUACUGCUGCAAAUACAUCAUACAAUCACUGCGCGGAAUAAAAAGAGCAAACAUUUCAAAUUUGAUGAGACAACUUUUGAUGACACUGGAGAGCAGUUAGCAGCCAUUGAUCAUGUUGGAAACAUUGUAGUCAUUGAUUUUUCCUGCCUCAGGUUUUGGUUGUUACCACUAAGACUGGAAUGCUCAUUCAUAAAAUUCUCAUCUUACCGGAAAAACGAACUUCUGAUAGGUAAACUUGAUGGGAGCGUGUUACUGAUUGACACAGGUUCAGGAGCUAGCAAUGGUAAUCUACUUGGUCAUACAGAGCCAGUUUCUCAAGCAAGUUUCGCAACGGGAGAACCGUACUGCUUGACUGUCUCGAAAACUGAGGCCAUAAUUUGGAAUCUAUUAUCGGCAAGCAAACACCACAGGUUGGCGCUUCAUUCAGAUGUGGGCUAUAGACAGAUUUUUUUCAUCCCGGUCUCGAACAAAAUUUUUGCCUGCUUCGAAGACAACACUGUUCACGUUUGGAAAUUCAAAUCAUUCGAAUGUGCCAAAUGUUCUCUCCCUUAUCAGUGGAACAACAAACCUGUUUCAUCUUUCUCCGUUACAAGGGAUGGACAAACUAUAGCUAUUGGAGGAUCUUCAUCAGUGGUUAUCCUAAUGUCAGUAGAAACAUGUCGGUUGAGAAAACGUUUGCAGUUAACAAAGUAUAUCAAUUCAAUAGCGCGGCUGGAGUUUGUUCCUCAACCAUUGACGGUGGCUCAAACAAGAUUAUUUCUAUUUUAUCAAACUCUGGUAAUGUUCUGCUGUUCGUACUGAAUCAUCCAAUCUGAUAGCUGCUGUGGAAAAAACCACUAAUAAACAAAUCAAGAACUUCACUUGCAGUAUAAAUGGAAAAUAUUUGGUUACAUUAUCAACUGCUGGUGAACUGAAUGUAUACAAUACUUUUGCCUUGAAAGUCGCUACAAGUUCUCCAUCUGAUUUUGUGGCAAAUGAACAAAAAAGUGAUAUGAAGUGUGGUGGCAAGCUACUAGGAAAAGCUGAAUCGAAAAGAAAACCAAAGACUAUGGAAGCAAGUAAUCGAGAAAUUCGUCUGGAAAAACUGAACAUGAAAAUGGGAGCUUUACUAGAUAUGGAUCGUCUCAAGCAAAUUCUGGAUGAAUACCUGGAAUACCCUGAAAGUUAUCGGCCUCUAAUUUGGAAAUCUAUCCUGAGAUUACCUCAGAACCAUCUGGCAUACAAUUCUCUACAGAAAAAGGGAAUACAUCCAAUUUGUGAGCAGUUUAACGAGAAAAUUUCUUCAACGUCUGUGCACUUCUCCAACUCUUUGAAAAG